AACCAGUAAGGGUGUGAAAAUGAAUGUUGUGAAUGUGUUGGAUUGAACAUUUGAACAGGAAUGGAAUGUGAAAGCAAAGGAAAAUUGGCGAGGGUGGUAGAAUUUGGAGUGGGAAAAGAUUACUAUGUUUUGAAAUCCAAAAUCGGAGAGGGUUCUUUCUCAACAGUGUGGAAAGCGGAGCAGAGACCAAGAUGUGAAGAGGUGGCGGUGAAACAGGUUUUUCUCUCCAAACUAAACCGUCACCUCAAAGAUUGCUUGGACUGCGAGAUCAAUUUCUUGUCCUCUGUUAAACAUCCCAAUAUUAUUCGCCUUCUCCACUUCUUCCAGGCUGAUCAAUGUGUGUACCUGGUCAUGGAGUUUUGUGCUGGAGGGAAUUUGGCUUCUUAUAUUCGAUGCCAUGGGAGAGUUCAACAACAAACAGCUAAAAAAUUCAUGCAGCAGCUUGGCUCUGGUCUACAAGUAUUACACUCUCACGGCAUCAUCCAUAGAGACUUGAAACCUGAGUUUUUGAAUUUGAAGAAGCAGAAUAAAGGCAAAGGCCAUAGUGAUCAGCCCAUUGCAUUGACAGAUUCGGACAAGCAGCCCAUGACAGUAAAUGUGCAGGCCAUGGCAGAUUCGUUGGGUGAUCAACAUCAGCCCAUUGCUUCUUCGGGUGGCCAAGGCUUGGUGAAACAGAUAGUGCUGGCUGUUGAGAAGAAAAGCACUGCAAGAGAGUUUGUUAUAAAAGAGCACACGUGGCAAGCGUUGAAUGGGGCAUACCAUGUGGGAGGGGAAUGGGAGAAGGGAAUCAGUGGCUAA